AUGACGCGACAUCUACACUGCACCAAACCUACCAUUCUUCAACAACAUAUUCUGCAAACAUUUAGCAUGAUUCAGAUAAAUAUUCGUUCUUGGGCGCUCACUGCCCUCGUGCGCACCUCCACUAGAAGGCCAUCCAAUCUCCGUACCUUAUGCUCGGUCCAGCCAGGGAGGACGUAUGAAUUCAUUAAAGCUGCCGAACCACGGCCGGGAGUGGGGCAGAUCACCCUGGAUCGGCCACAGGCUCUCAAUGCCUUGACCUCACCCCUGAUGCGUGAACUCAACGAGGCCCUCGUUGUUUUUGAGCGGAGCCCGCAGAUCGCCGUAAUUGUUCUGAACGGCUCAUCACGCUCAUUUGCUGCCGGUGCCGAUAUCAAGGAAAUGGCUUCACUAACCUUUGCCGAAGCUUACACGUCAUCAUUUAUUGAAUCCUGGUCUACUUUCACCACCGCCGUCAAGAAACCUAUUAUCGCUGCCGUUUCGGGCCAUGCCCUUGGCGGUGGCUGUGAGCUUGCGCUAAUGUGUGACAUUAUCUACUGUACCCAAGAUGCCAACUUUGGCCAACCAGAAAUUAAGCUGGGAAUCAUUCCAGGUGCUGGUGGAAGUCAGAGAUUGACUAGGGCAGUUGGUAAGAGCAAAGCAAUGGAAUUAAUUCUUACAGGCAAGAGCUUUAGUGGCAAACUCGCUGUAGAAUGGGGUGUUGCUGCGAGAAGCUUUGAGACAUGGGAAGAACUCAUGGCCGAAACUCUUGAAACCGCAGAGACUAUUGCAAAGCACAGCAAAAUUGCAGUCAUGGCUGCCAAAGAAGUAGUAAACAAGAGUCAAGACCUGCCUUUGAGAGAAGGUGUAGAAUAUGAGAGAAGGGUUUUCCAUAGUCUAUUUGGAAGCGAAGAUCAAAAGACUGGGAUGAGGGCUUUUGUGGAGAAGAAAAAGCCUAACUGGAGUCACAGGUAG